AUGCUCUUCACAGCGCUGGUGGGAGGGUGUGCCCUCCUCGCAUGCACAGCGUCCGCCUUCAACUUCAUUGUCGACGACAGCUCUGUCAACGAGUGCGGCAACGUCCGGUUCGACUUUACAUCUGGCACACCUCCUUACCAGAUUGUGGCAAUAGGCGUGUUCGACAUGCCGGUGAACGUGACCGUCCCGGACUCGGCCGUGAACCAGAACGGCGGUGCAUUCGUGUGGGAGCAGUUACCCUUCAACGCUUCAUCCCAGGUAGUGUUCGUCAUGUCCGACGCCAAUGGCUUUGCAACUGGUGGCGCGUCCAAACUGUACACGGUCGGGUCGCGUCCGUCCGGCGUAGGCGACUGCCUGCGCACCGACGGCAAGGUUCAAUGGACGUUUGCCAUCAACCCAAUGGACUCCGAGGAGGAAGUUAGACUCCCGCAGUGCCAGGCCGUCUCAUUCUCGUGGCAAGGCGCCUUUGUCGCUCCCGUUACCAUCAUUGGUGUCAUCCCUAGUGGCAUGGUCAUUGGCGGUGCUCCAACCCUUGGCAAUGGCAUCUCGUACCCGCUCAAUGUUGCUCUUGGGUCUGAGAUUGUCUAUGUUGCCUGGGACUCGAGAGGUGUCACAGGCGGCACGAGCUACGUGAUGCGCGUCACCGAUGGCAACAAUACAUGUUUGGACGGCUCGACCGCCAGCACCACCCCGGUGCCGCCCUGGAACCCAUCGCCGACUGCCUCGACCAGCGGCACGUCGAAAACAACAACAACGCACACUGGCGGCGGUGUUGUGACAAUGACGGCCAUUCAGACUGUUAUGCCCGAGAGGUCGUCGGCGUCGUCGGCGCUGACGCCGGGUGCGAUCGCUGGCAUUGUCGUUGGCGGCGUUGGCGCGCUGAUAAUCUUGCAGGCCCUUAUCAUCUGGUGCUGCUGCAAGCGGCAGGUCGGUGCGUUAAUCGCAAACCGCAAGAAGAAGAAAGAAGCUCGUCGCAAGUCUGGUUCGGUUAACCUCUACGAGCCGGGAACGGGGCAUGACGGGCUGUUGGCUCCAGACUCGAUGCGCGACAAUCGCACACACGCGUCGUACGGCUACACCGACGACGACCUUGGCUCGACCAUUUCGCCGUUCAUGGGGGGCACUACCGACAGUGGCUCGUCGCCGCGCCUCUCGAUGACCUCUGGCACGACUGGCACCAACUGGGCGGCCACGCAGCCUUGUGUUGACCGCAGCUCUGGACACGGGCCCUUGGCCUACACAACGUACCCGCCUACGAACGGGGACAACAGAAGCACGUCGAACGGCACGGGACAGUCCUCGACCUCGCGCCUGCCGAUGAAGAUGCAGCUUGCGCUCUCUAAUCCAGACAAUCGCGUGUUCGAGGACGGACAGCCGUCUCUCAACCCGCCACUCGCUGGAUUCCGGCGGCACGAGGACGCCGGGCCGCUCCCCAAGCGCGACUUGGUCGCUAACCAGCCUGAAGACCUGCCACCGACGUACAACCCACAGUGGGGUGCAGGAGCUGGACCCAAGCUGUAA